UGACACUCUUGAAUCCAUUACUAACUUCUCGUACUUCGAAUCCUGUUCCUGAAGCGCUUCUUCCCAGAGCUUCAAAAAUGCACAUUUCAUGGCUGGUCUCCGGUGUCCUCUGCGCCACGGGUGCUCUGGCCCAGACUUCAGGGUAUUGCUGCACCAGCAACUCGCAAAACCAAGUCGUCGAUCAUCCUGACCAGACAAAGGCUUGCUGUACGGGAAACUUCGAUGGCACAGAGUGUUGGGUGGCCAACCUUGAUUGGCUUACUACUUGCUGCAGGAACAGGGGAAGUGGGAUGUGUAGCUUUUAGAAGCAGCCAACCAGUCUCAAUGAAAGACUCCUUAGCACAUGUCUUCCACACCGAAAUGAGGGUGUUUCCUUUAGAUUAGUAACUUCUCUUUAAGCACGAAGGGGGAUGCGUC